CAAAAGUAUUGGAGCUAAUCCUUCCCAAUUUCAAAGCCUUUUGUGUUCCUCUUUGUAUUUUCCUGACAUAGGAAGGUAGUCAGGGAAUAGAAGUAAUGGGUGCCAAAGUUUCAUUCUUUGUUUUCUUUUUGUUGCUUGCUUUAUGUUCAGCCCUCCCGGGUAAGAGGAAGCAAUAUACACCAUGCAAACACUUGGUCCUCUAUUUCCAUGACAUUAUUUACAAUGGAAAUAAUGCAGCUAAUGCAACGUCCGCAAUAGUAGCUGCCCCAGAAGGUGCCAAUUUAACCAAAUUGGCUAGUCAAUUUCACUUUGGGAACAUAGCAGUUUUCGAUGAUCCCAUCACACUCGAUAACAAUCUUCACUCCAAACCCGUUGGAAGAGCACAAGGCUUCUACAUUUAUGAUACCAAAAACACUUACACUUCUUGGCUUGGUUUUACAUUUGUUCUUAAUAGCACACAACACCAGGGAACAAUCUCCUUCGCUGGAGCUGACCCCAUCAUGCAGAAGACCAGAGAUAUCUCAGUGACUGGUGGCACUGGAGAAUUUUUUAUGCACAGAGGAAUUGCCACUAUUAUGACUGAUGCAUUUGAAGGCGAAGUUUAUUUCCGGCUUCGUGUUGAUAUCAAGUUCUAUGAGUGUUGGUGAUAUAAAAUGUCACUGCUAAUAAAUAAAUUAAGCAAUUAAGGGUUCCCUUUUAAGUUCAACUUCUAAUCAAUU